AUGCCGCCCAAGGCCUCCAUCAGCACCAAGGCUCCCGCCAAUGGCAAGCCCGCCAAGCGUGGGCCGCCUCCAGCCAUCAAAUACUACCUCAUCGUUUUCAACUUUGUCUCGUUCUUUGGAUGGGUGGUCGUGCUCUCUACGUUGAUCAAGCACCUUGCUUAUGGACCACAGCCCUUCUCGCCGCCUGUCAGGCUUGCCGCUGAUGUUUUGGCGCGCUUCCGUCUGGUCAAGAUCGGCAUCGUCAAGUCGUAUUCGCACCUCUUCCCUGAGCCCGUCGCGCGGCUGCUCGAACGCGCCUCCAACUCGCACACCUUUGUCGGCUCCGUCGUUGCACUCGUUCAGUCGCUCGCCGUUCUCGAGGUGGUCCACGCCGCUAUCGGAUGGGUCAGGAGCCCCGUCGUCACCACCGCCACACAGGUUGCCUCGCGUCUAUUCAUGGUUUGGGGCGUCACCGAGCGCUACUCGCAAGCGUGGUCGAGCCCAUUCUAUGCCACCAUGGUGCUCGCUUGGGCCAUCACUGAAUGUGUUCGAUAUCCCUUCUACGCCAACCAGCUUCUCGACCAAGAAGGUCCUGCUAUGCUCUGGGCUCGAUACACCUUCUUCUACGUCCUCUACCCCAUCGGUGCCGGUUCGGAAGCCAUGUGCAUCCUGGCUACGCUCCCCAACAGUCUUCCCUUCAACAAGCAAGGCGCCUGGGACCUGCGGGCGUACGUGUUCGCCGGUCUAUUUGUCAUCUGGUGGCCUGGUCUCUACGUCAUGUACACCUACAUGAUCAAGCAACGUCGCAAGGUGAUCGGAAAGGGCUUCUGGGGCAACAAGCUCGUCGACGAGAUCCGCGCGAAGAAGCAGCAAUGA